AGGACUUCUCCGGAAAUGUAUUAGUGGCAUAUGUCUUCUGGAAUAUUUUCCACCUUACAUUGGUGAGGCGGGGUGUUCCGAACUGCAGUUCAGAUGGAUAUUAUGUCGUUCGGGGCGGCAGAUACCAAUGAGCAUCCGACCAUCAUACGCAAGCGCAGAACCACAGCCAGCGUUUAAAAAAAACGCUGAGAAGUGCCAAGCUCCGGCUGGAAACUUUUCUUGUUUUUUCUGAGCUCGCGAAGACCACUCACUUCGUCCCAAUUUAUCCAGCUAUGUCUUCCUUCUACAACAUCAGCGCGCGUUUCAACGAGGCCCGGAGAGUGGCGAUCUUCGGUGGGACUCACGGGAACGAGAUGUCCGGUGUGACGCUCGUUAACCUGUGGAUGAAAAACGGCGCCGAGAUCCAAAGGAAGACUGUCGACACUAAACCUUUCAUCACCAACCCCAGGGCUGUGGAGAAAUGCGCCAGAUACGUGGACACGGACCUCAACCGAGCUUUCACUCCAGAAAACCUCAGCGCUUCAGGGGGCAAGGAGUUGCCGUACGAGGUGCAGAGAGCUCAGGAGAUCAACAGGCUAUUUGGGCCUAAAGGAAGCCCGGAGGCCUACGAUGUCAUUUUUGAUCUCCACAACACCACGUCCAACAUGGGCUGCACUCUCAUUCUGGAGAAUUCCAAAGAUCACUUCAAUCUGCAGAUGAUGAACUACAUCAAGAGAGCCUUCGCCCCCGCCAGUUGUCUCGUUUUACUGAACGAACAUCCCCUUCUGAAGUAUUCCACUUCCCGCUCCGUCGCGAAACAUCCCGUCGGCUUGGAAGUGGGUCCUCAGCCUCAAGGCGUUUUGAGAAGUAACAUAUUUGAAGCUAUGAGGGUCAUGCUGAAACAUGCCUUGGACUUCAUCGAUUUGUUUAACGAAGGCAUGGAAUUUCCGUCCUGCACUGUGGAAGUUUUCCGGGUUUCAGAGAGCGUUGACUACCCCAGAGAUGCCAAUGGAAACAUUAUCGCCAUGGUCCAUCCCAAUCUACAGGACUGCGACUGGGAACCACUGAACCCGGGUGACCCAAUGUUCCAAACAUUUGAUGGGAAGACCAUCCCCUACCAAGGCACCGGCACUGUUUAUCCCACGUUUAUUAAUGAGGCAGCCUAUUACGAAAAACAGCAGGCAUUUGUUACCACUAGGCGAGAAACUUUGGUGGCAAGUGCCAUUAGAAAAGCAUAAAAAAACAAAACGGAUUUCGAGUGAGCAUGCGUGCCACCGCAACUAUUUGUAUAUAUCUUUUGCACUUUUUUCCCCCCACAUAACCGAUUCCAUCUUCUUCUCAAUGGUUUUAUUUUUUUUGUGCUCUUACUUGCAUCAAAUCAAUUAACUAUGCAAAGAUCAUGUGGACGUUCCAAAGGCUUUUCUGUGACAAGUCUUUAAUCUGCAGAUUUAGGAUAAAGUAUACCGUGGUUAUUUAUGAUACAGAUGUUAUUUAAAACAUUACUUUUGAUUAAAUCCUUUUAUGAAGAUUAAAUCUUGAGAUUAAUCAUGAAAUACCUGCUUAGUUUCUGCUUCAUGAUUAGCUGCUCUAUAUUUCCUUUUUAUGCUCAGGAACCCAAUUGAGGAUCUUAACCUGCAAUCUUUGACCCCAAGCUGUAGUGAUUCGUCUUCCCCUCGGAUAUAUUUGUAACAUACUGGGAGGCUAUUUGUGGCCUUUGAAACUACCUGCCUGUAACUCCUGUGGUGGCAUCUACGGUGCUCUCCUAUUGUUGCCUUAAAAAGAGACCUAAUUGCACUGCCAAAUUGAAGUGUAGACGGGUUGGAUAACAACAUACACGUAUUUUAAUCAUAGUAUAUGCCUCUUCCCUCUCUACACAAUGAAAAAAAGUAAUAUAUGUCUAUUUUGGUAUUCUUGUGCUAGUUUGAAGUGCUGUGUAGCUCUUAACAAGGCAGAUGUGAAUUGUUUUUCCAUGUUUUCAGGUCUUUGUCGUCAUCAAGGUUAUCCCUGUGGUCUUAUAGUCUCUUGUUGUCAUACUGUUUCAUAAUUAUAUGUGUUACCACGGUCUCUACGACAACGAAAGUUGACUGUCCUUUCAAUCCUGUGGAAAUAAUCCUCAAAAAAAUAAAUGUAAAAUAUUGA